CAUUCCUGUCAGCAUGACGGUUGCUGCUCAUUGGUAUGGAUGUAUGUACGUGCCAGCUCAGGAUGCCAGGAUCAUGGGCGGCAGAGAUUGCGGCGCAUCACAUCACCCAUGGAUGGGAUGCCCAAUAGAGAGUGGGAGCGAUUACAGCAUUGGCGGCAAGCCGGGGUCUGCGAACGUGUCAUUUGCUACCGGGGUGCGAAUCCUUCCCACUUUCAGCCCUGAAAUAGACCUCAUUUCUGCCGAGGGCGCCUGGACCAUCAACACCCGGAAGAGGUGGCUGUAACGCUGUUGAUACGCAGUAGACUAGGUAAUCUGUGCAGUACAUAGGAAUGCUACUCCUGCGACAGUUGAUGGAGAACCUUGUUUUGUUCCAUUCCUCCCUUUUCUUCUUGGCACGUAAUGUCUCUCCCAUCGUGAUGGCGGCGACGACCCCGACCGCGUUGACCGUGAGCGGCACUCCCACCCCCGUCUCGUUCAUCCCGCUCUCGACGCCAUACCCGUCCAAAGAAGGCUGCUCUGGGUACAUAUAUAAGCAAGUGGAUGGCCACUUCUUAGCAUGGGAUCCAUUCUACGGCGCGUCUUUGGAUACCAAGGCCCGAAGCUGUCUUCCAACCGAAGUGAGCUCUUGGUGGAACCAGGCCGCUGAGACAUCGAUAUCCACCGCCCUUGGUCCCACUUUUGUAUGUCCAGGAGCGUAUUCCGCAGUUCAGACAGUUGUAAUUGCCAGCGAUACCCAGAAGGUAUUCUGCUGUCCCUUUGUCUCCGGGACAAAGCUUAUCAUACCUCGGUCCUUUACCUUCAGACGACGGUGUCCACUUUGUCGCAACGACAACCACCGUACGGUCUUCGGCGGUCACCGUCUUCGGCAUUCCCGUCAACGGCUUCAACGUGGCACAGAGCACCACCAGUGGUCCCGACCCCAGCACUACUGCCUCGACGACAGCCACGAAUAGCGCCGUCUCCUCCGCUGCCGGCAAAGGGUCGUCCGGGCUGUCAACAGGGGCCACUGCCGGAGUGGCUAUCGGUGUCGUGAUCGCUGUGUUGGCCUUGAGCGUCGGUGCCUUCCUGCUCUGGAGAAGGCGUAGUAGACGUUCCGGAAUGAGGCCCUUGCCGCCCCUCGACCCGUCAAAGAACGCCCAACAACAACGCCCAGUACAUAA